AUGCCCAAGAGCACAGACCAGAACAUUCGAUCCAAGGACUCUUUCGAAGCUCUUCUCUGGAGCUUAGAUGAUACUUCAUCCACUGGACGCAAGCAGAAGAAAGCCAAUCCACUUGAUCCUUACCUAACUGCUGCUCGAUUCUUCCGUCUAAACUAUGACCUUUUUGCUAACAUUUUCGUGAUUCUGCGAGAUGGAAUACUUGCUGAAUUUGAGCCCGAGGAUGCCGAUCAUGACCAAGAGCAGGACGAAGAGUUUAACACGAGCCAACAUUCAUCUGUUUACGACAUUCGCAAAAUCGAUUCCGAAUUUCAGUGGCCUCAUUGCAAAACUCGAAUGAGAACCAGAGUCACUAACAAGUUUCCUCAAGUCGUGAAUGCGGCUCGUUGUGAUGAUACGGGGUCUCUCAAGCAUACUGGGCUUCAGUACAUGCUCAGUGACCCCGCCAAGGAUUGUUUCGACCCACCGAUACUCAAGUCUCACAGUAAGGCCUUGCGAGGGUGGAACCACCCACAGACUGCACAACUCUUAUGUCCUGCAUGGGAUAUUACUGAAUUUGACAUGGACCCACAAGCUUAUAUGGACAAGGUCAAUGCAGGGGAGAAGAAGAUCAGCGCAAAGCAGUGGCCAUCGAUGUUCUACGACAUGAGCUUGUACGACCCAAAGAACAAGAAGAAGGGAUUCCUCCGAAGUCGUGUGGUGAUACAGGCAUGGCGCCAUAUCUUUAUAGGUCCUAUGUCGGCUCUAUCCAAAGACAACAUUGGUCACUCAUCAAAGCCUAGGAAGGGCAAAAUGCAUCACCUUGCCGAACCAGGGAUCAGAAACAUAAUGUAUGCCGCGUGCCAGAUGUCUUUCGCAGCCAGCAAUGCGGAGUCGUGGACGCCUGCCAUUGGGGCCAUGGACCUUGGUGACCUAUACUAUAGAGCCAUCGACAUCGUCCAUGAUAACGCUGAGCAGCAGUGGGUCAAAGAUUUGAUGAAAUUCUGGAAGGAUGAAACUCCUGGCCUAAUCGACAACCAUCCCUCCAAGCGACGCAGAGUUGCUGCAACUGAUGACUCUGGUACCGAUGACGACAUGGAUGACUUUUUCGGCGACGACACAGCUUCUGCUGACCAGCAUGAUGAGGAAAAUGAAACACAUGGCAUGCAACCCAUUAACAACGGCGAAUCAGCAGCGGGUGGUUCUUGCACUCCAAAUCAGAGCAAUCUUGGUGGUCCUCCCCCUCCUACACCUCCUCACAGCUCCCCCGGGCCAACAUCUGGCAGUUCCCCAGCACCUCCUCACACUGGCUCCUCAGCACCUCCUGGACCUCAACGUGAACCUUCUCCUUUGAGUGAACCUCUGACGACUCCUGCACCUGUUGGACACAAAACCAAACGAGCAGCACCAGUGCCUCGAGGCGGUGCCCGUGGUCAUGGCAAGGCAAAAUCAUGA